GCGGGGCGGCACGUGGGCGGCGCGGUUUGUGUACGGGCGGGCGGCGGCAGUCCCGCGCGCACUCGCCGCGAGCGCCGGUCUGCACGCCUCGGAUCCAGUUCACGGCCGCUCUAUUACCGGACCGCUAUUUCGGCGCAUAAUACACCGCACGGUGCGGAGCGGCGAUCAGUUUCGCGCGGGCAGGUGCGCCGGCCGAGGUCGGGAGAUGCCGCUCGAGCCCGCCUGACCCCGUGCGGCCAUGGAGCGCCGCCGCCGGCCCGACUCCGACCCCAUGACGAAGGUCGUGCGUCGACGCGAGAAGCCGCGCGAACGCUGGCUCCUCACGCGCAAGACAUGGAAGUACAUGUCCGACGCCGGCCGCCGGCUCGUCCCGGACGGCGCACAGAACCGCCCCGAAGACGUCGGUCGCAUCGAAGCCUACUUCCAGGAAGUGUGCGCGAAGGAGCCCCGCUUUGUACUUCGCCGUAAGAGUUCGUACCCGGCGGCACUGCCCAAGCCUCGUCGCAAGGCGCGGCCCCGCGGCGGCUCGGUCCGGGCGCGCUCGCCCUCCGACGACGCGCCGCCGCGACCCACGGAUCUCUUCGUCGGCCACAUCUCCGGCGGUCGCUUCGAUAUAGCCAAACUUCGCAAGAACUUUUUCGCCGCUCCGCCCCCCUCGGCCUCCUCUGCCGGGUUCAACUCGAGGGGUCCGCAUGACGUGCACUUCGAUCUUCGAUCUCCGCCCGUCAUAGAGGAAGAAACGAGCCUUGUCGAUCUGUUGAGAAAAUACCUGAAGCUUGAGGAAGAAUCCUCUGCGCAAACAAAGAUUUCUGAGACGGAAGAGCUUAUACGUGCGUUACGUGAAUAUUUGAAGCGGAACGCGGAGCGUGCCCCUUCGGACGCGGAUGGCGACCCCGCCCAGCGCCAUCUGCUCGACAGUCUGAGCAGGCAUUACAUUCGUUCUCCGAAUCGAGACGUGGUAGUUCAGGAUCUAUUAGCCGAUAGAAAUUUGUUAAAAAGACUAUAUCAUGAUCUUCGUAAAACUAAGCCAUAUCGCGGCGCUAGGAGUGGAGGUAGCGGUGGUGGCGGAAGUGGUGGAGGCUAUUCGCCUGGAGUUUACGGUUCGUGCACCAGCUCUAGGUGUGCUCUGCGUCCUCGAUCAUUGGGUGGAACUCUUAUUAAAAACGGCGAAGGUGGGCGCUCCCCGCCGAUGUCACCGCCGCCCCUCAUUGAAGUGUUUCAAGAGUCGUUUGAGGAUAAAUUUGUAAAUCGAGCGGUCCAGACUCUUCCGAUUCCAGAAGACGUGUUAUCUGAGCUCGAAAGAGUGUAUCGAGAGAAGUUGGAAGCGGCGACCGCGCCGACCAGUCCAACGAGCCCUCCGCCGGAGCGCAAGCCGGGACGUCGCCGCUCCAGCAUCGAUCACGACGACGUCUCCCAGUCGGUCAGCGACACCAUUAAACGAUACUUAAGGAUGGCACGAAAGAAAAGCGUUGACUCUGAGAAAGUGGAUCGCUUCAAGCGAAUCAAUUACGAUAAGAACUUGCGGAAUAUCAAGCCCCGCAUGCCCGGGGAGGUAGACGACGACGGCCCCCACAAGGGCUGUCAGACUGAAGAAGGGUGGAUUCUGACGUACAGAGACUUGCAGUUCGCAUCGGUGGCGUCGACUCCGACGUCGCCACCUUCCCCGGCCUCACCGUCACUGUCGCACUCGUUUCUGUCGACGCUGUUGGGCCGAAGUGCUCCAGCGGUCGCUCCGCCCGCAGGUGGCAUGCAGAAGUCGCGGUCCUCGAGCAGCGUGGUGCAGAGCGUCAGCAAGCGGCUAUGGCGGACGCGCAGUCGAAGCUCCAGCCGCGCCUCCUGCACCUGGUCUCCUCAGGGCAGCUGUUGCUGGGUAGAUGGAAGCGGGAGGUGCGUGCGGCUCACGGAUACUUCGCUUCUGUCCCUCACCGAAGUGGAAAGGAGGGCGCUGCAGCAGGCCGCGCUCGCGAGACUCCAGCAGAUCAACUUAGGGACCACCAUCAAGAUUCCGGAAGACAACACCGUAGUGACGACGACAAAGCCGAAGAGACGGACGUACAUGCUGAAGAAGAAAGCGCUCACGACCGGCUUCUUCGACCAGAGUCGGACCAAGGACGCCGACAAGGAUAAAGAGGCGCCACCUCGCAGCAUGUUCGGGAUACCACUGUCUCAAUGCGUGGAGACAGAGAGGGCGCUCCGGCGGCAGCUCCACGGGGGUUCCAGGGCUUCUCUUGCCUCGCUUGGAGCGCUCGAGAAGGCAGACGAUAGUGAAUCCUGCGACUCCGGAGACUGGGGCUGGACAGGAUUGGAGGAGGCCGGCGGUGGGGGGCCUAAGGUACCAGCUCUGAUCACGGCCUGCAUCGCACACCUGCGACGGCACGGUCUCAACGCGACUGGUCUCUUCAGGGUGUCAUCCUCGAAGCAGAGAGUUAGACAGUUACGCGAAGACUGGGAGAGGUGUCAAGAGGCUGCACUGGAUUCGGUGGUGAGUCCACACGACGUGGCCGCAUUACUCAAGGAAUUCCUGAGGGACUUGCCAGAUCCACUGCUCUGCAGGGACCUUUACUCUGCGUUCUUACACACGCAAAAGAUUCAUAACCGUCAUUUCCAGUGGGAGGCGAUCCGGCUGAUCGUGCAGUUGCUGCCGGCAGCCCAUCGCGACACCCUCAACGUCUUGCUGUCAUUCCUGUCGCAACUCGCGGAGCAUUCUGGCGACGAAAUUAAACCCGGCCACAAGAUGGACCCCGGCAAUUUAGCCACAAUAUUCGCACCCAAUAUACUGCAUAGGAAUAAACCGAAUGAACCUGCAAGCGUGGAGCAAUUAUCAGAGAGAACGGAUGUGAUCAACGUGGUGCGGCUGCUGGUGGAGCGACAGAGCGAGCUGUGGACGCUGCCCGCGGAACUGCUGCACGAGGCGUACAUCCACCUUGCUCACACCGAGCCCGCUCACCUGGACUCGCUGCUGCUCAGGAGAACAGAGAAUAGCAUGGGUGUGCGCAGGUGCUCGGAGGUGGGGGGCGAGGGGGCGGCCGAGGGGGCCGGCGAGGGGGGCGAGGGAGGGGAGUCGCGGCGCGUGUGGUCCCGGGAGCACUGUCUGCACAGCGCCGCCGCCACCGGUGGACCACUCGACGCCGUGCGGGACAGGCGCAGUGAGAAGGUCCACCGUCGACGGACGAGGGAGGCAGCCUCAGACGCCUCCUCCGGCUCCGUGUCCUCGGCCAUGACCAUCGUCACCAGGGUCCGCAGCAGCGAGGAGUGCAGCAGCGGCGUGACGUCAUGCACCGCGCCGCGACUGGACUCCGCGCCGGACUCCAACGACUCCGCCAGCGACUACAACGAGACGGCCUGCGCGUCAGACGACGAGUGCGUCAUCACGGCGUCGCUGCACAUCCCCGCGGCCUUCGGACCCCCGCGCGUCGCCCCCCCGCGCCGCCGCUCCACCUCCGGCUCCGAGUCCUCACACAAGCGAGACUCGGCCGUGGGCUCGUGUUCCUCGGACGCGUCCUCCCCCGCCGCGUCCCCGCCGCCCCCGACCGCCCCCCUGCGCGUCACGCUCACGUCGGCCGGGGAGCUGCGCCGGCCCACCGACAUCGACAAGCUCGUCGCAUUCGGCAGAGAGCGGAACACGUCGGACGCGCGCGCAGUGGUGCUUCGCCAACACGACGACGGCACGCUGCGGCCCCGGACCCCCGCGCGGUCAGACCCCCGCGCCCCGGAACCCCGCGCCCGGGACCACCGCACCCCGGACCCCGCGCGGACCCAGGACACCUUGACUCGGAACCAGGAAGUUUCCGCGCGGAAACACGAAUCGUUGACCGUCAAAAGAGAAGAGAGGAGAGAAGGAGUGAUGUUGUACAAAAGGGGAGAACUAAUAUCCAGUGCGCCCGCACCGCCCACUUGACAUAUUAUUUUAAUACGUGUUUUUUUUAUACAUAAACAUAUAUUUAUCA